GUGGCUGGGGAUGGUUCCCUGACCGGGGAUCGAACCCGGGUCGCAGCGUUUCCAGUAAGCAGAGCUCAAAGCCCCGCCUCCUCCUCCUCCUCCUCCUCCUUCAAGCCCUGCUCACUCUCCAGACUGUUUCACCCAUCAUUCAACUGUCACCCCAGCGCUGUAAAAACACUUCUGCCUGCCGUCGCAAACAUGGCGAAAAUCAAUCCGUGUUUCAAGAAGAUCUUCAUCACAUUUAACUCCCUUUUCGCAAUCCUCGGGGUGGUUCUUUUUAGCUUGGCAAUGAUCGGGCACAGGUACACCGAUCAGAUUCCUAAUAUGUAUGGAGUGAUCGCUCUGUACGUGAUCGGCUCCGUCAUAUUCAUCUUCUCCUGCCUGGGAGUGUUUGCCGCGUAUAAAGAGAGCAAGUGGGCACUGAUUGUGUUUUUCGUCUUCAUGUGCAUAACAACUAUAAUCUUGCUGCGUGUUGCCGUUCCGAUUGCGAUCUCGAAGCAUGAGAUAAUCUCAACUGUGAAAGACGAGUUCCAAAAAAUGUCUCUGACUAAGGACAUGGCGCCUUCUUUCGACAUCAUACAAAGCCAUUUCCAAUGCUGUGGACUCAGUAAUGGCUACCAGGACUGGAAUGGUCAAGUUCCUGAAUCGUGUAACUGCAAUAAUGGAGAUGAUAAAAGUGCCAUAUGUGUGAGGACCACCAGCUACCAAAAUCCAUACUUGUUCAGAGCAUCUGAAAAUCGAUGGGUCUGGUCCAAGCCAUGUGUUGAUGUGAUCAUUUAUUAUGUGGAGAAACUCCUGAGCAUCUUCUUGGGAUUGAUGUUCGGCCUGGCAGCUCUGGCUAUCCUGGGAGGUAUGAUGUCUUUUGGCAUGAUCAUCCGUGUCAGUGCUCUGGACCCCAGUCCCAGUCAGUUCUCUUCCCAGUUUCCAAGUCUUCCUCUCUCAUACUCACCUCCAAAAUACUCAGAGGUGGUAAAUUAUUAAUUGAGUUCGGACCAUCUGAGUUCCUCCUAUGCAGGAGUGUGGAGCAAAACCCGAGCAUUACAGCUUACGUUUCCUACAAUUUCUUUUUGAAUUCUGCAUUUUUUGACUCUGGGAGGCUCCGGGAGUGGAUUUGCUCUGCUUUGAUCAUGUAUAUGAAAAAAAAAAGGCUUUUUGGUGUUGGAAUUGAAAACGUGUGUUACAUUGUUGCGUUGCACUAAACACAACAUUCCCGGUCACAUUAUUCAGUGAUGACGAUGAGGAUGAUGAGGGUGAUGGAUUCCUGUCGACCUGAGAGCUAGUAAUUGAUGAAGAUGAAAGUGAUGAUGAUGAUGAUGUUUUCCUGAGUAAUAAUUUAUGAAGUUGACAUUGAUGAUGAUGAUGGAGGAUGGUGAUGUGAUGUGGCUUAUCUUUUGUUUAU